UGUUUCCAAAUUUAAUAUAAUUAGACUUCAAUUUGUUACAAGCAUGAUAAUAACAAUUUUAGCCAUUGCUACUUUGUUUUCAUCCCAAUUAGCUUAUGCCUAUGAUGUCAAUCCUCUACAAGACAUAUGUGUUGCAGUUCAAGACUUCAACACUUCUGUUUUUGUGAAUGGAAAGUUUUGCAAAGACCCAAACCUUGCAAAAGUAGAUGAUUUUUUUACUUCAGGACUUAAUGAAAGUGGAAAAGUAGUGAGGCAAAUGUAUGGUUAUUCUGUGCAUAUUGUUGAUGUAAACAAUAUGCCAGGACUCAACACUUUAGGCAUUUCUAUAAUUCGUGCUGAUUUCGAACCAAAGGGUCUUAUCCCACUUCACACGCACUCUCGAGCUACUGAGCUUAUAACUAUCUUGGAGGGCACACUUUAUGCGGGAUUUCUUCUACCUUAUGAAAAUAACUUCUUUAAGAGUCGUCUUUUCUCUAAAAUCUUGAAUCCUGGUGAUGUGUUUGUGAUUCCACAAGGGCUUAUUCACUUUCAGUAUAAUGUUGGACGUACAAAUGCUACUAUACUCGCUACUUACAACAGUCAAAAUCCUGGAUUCACCAUGAUUCCUAAUAUAAUAUUUGCUUCUGAUCCACCUAUUAUCGACGAUGCUCUUGCCAAAGGUUUCCAGCUUGAUAAGAAAGUGAUUAAACAACUUCGAAAGAAAUUUGCCUAGGUUAUG